AUGCAAAGUCAUCAGAAAUCCAACACAGACGUUAAGAGGAAAGACUUGGAGUUUGAUGUAAAUGAUUGGGUGUACCUAAAAGUUUCACCCAGGAAGGGAGUUAUGAUAUUUGUAAAGAAAAGGAAACUUAGUCCCCGCUACAUUAGUCCUUAUCAGAUUACAAAAAGGGUUGGUAAUAUAGCUUAUGAAUUGGAGUUUCCACCAGAGGUAGAAGCUAUACACCUAGUGUUUCACAUCUUUAUGCUUAAGAAGCUUUUAGGAGAUCCUUCUCUUGUUGUUCCGACUGAGAGCAUUAGGCUGAAGGAGAGUUUGACUUAUGAGGAGAUCCCAAUUCAGAUUCUUGAUUGUCAAGUUCACAAAUUGAGAACCAAGGAGGUAGAAUCCAUCAAAGUUCCAUGGCGAAAUCAGUUUGUUCAAGAGGCUACUUGGGAAGUUGAAGAGCAUAUGAAGGCUAGAUACCCGCAUCUAUUCGAGCCUUCUAAUGUCGUUGUUGAGGGUAAUGUUCCUUUGUCUUAUCCUUGA